AUGGUCCGUCGUCUAACAAAAACCUGUUUAGUGGGCAGCAAUGGCAUCUCUGCGUUCCUCGCCUGGAGACUUCAGGCAACCACAUCCUGCGACGUGACGCUAGUCUGGAAAUCCAAUUUUGAGGCCGUUUCGCAAUAUGGGGUGACUAUGAAGUCGAAAGCAUUCGGAACUGAACGAUUCAAGCCUCGUCAUGUCGUCCGCUCUCCGGAAGAAGCCGCAUCUCGUGAAAACGCAUUCGACUAUGUCAUCCUGUGCGUCAAGGCACUCCCCGAUGUGUACGAUUUGGCCGCCGUCAUCGAAUCCGUCGUUACCCCUCAACAUACGUGUAUCCUGGUCAAUACUUCAAAUACCCUCGGUGUCGAGUCCCACUUGGAACAGCGGUUUCCGACCAAUGUCGUCUUGUCCCUUGUGUCCGGCGUCGAGAUAACGCAAACAGGACCGAGCGAAUUCGAGCAUCUCACCUCUUCAGACAUCUGGGUUGGGGCUACGAGUAGCAACUCCGGCAUUCCAGCUGAAAUACAGAAUGAUAUGGCCCAGGCGCUGGCAAUGACGCUGGUGUCUGGACAGGUUGACUGCAAAGUAUCGAACAAUAUUAGACAAGAGCAGUUUGAGCGUAUGAUCGGUCCUAUUGCAUUCCACCCGGCAAGCGUCUUGUUUGAAACCCCGAACCUUAAACAACUAUUAGACAAAGUAGGAGCCCGACAACUGGUCUCCGAUCUCAUCCAAGAACUUGUCGACCUGGCUGCAGCGCAUGGUUGCUCUUUUCCGAGCGAUUUCAGUCAAAGAACGAUUGAAAAAAUGACAUCGGUUGAUACACCCAGCACAAUGUACCAGGAUUUCCAACACCGCCGCCCCAUGGAACUCGAAACAUAUCUUGGAUCACCCAUAAAACUGGCUACGCAAUCAGGUGUUAAGGUUCCACGGAUCGAAACUCUAUAUGCAUUACUACAUCAUGUCAAUACUACGAACCUCAACAAACCCCGAGAGGCAACACCUCCUGCCGUGGCUCUACCCCCUCCUCGAGUCUCCUCGGUUCCCCCUCCAAGAAGCGGCCCGAUGCGUCCGCCAAAUGCUAGAGCUUCAUCAGCGAUGAUGCCACCGCCGCGACGAGGACCUCCCUCGAGACCUCCAAGUGCUCAACCGCAUCCCUCUGCUGGCCGUAUCCCUCGUGAACCUUCAUUAGAAGGUCUCGAAGAGUUUAGUCACUUGAUGCUCUAUGAGGAUGCUCCGGAGGGCGCGAUCCCUCCACCUGCAACCAACGGCUACCACGACGCGUCCCCUGGCGGACCCCCUGGUCCUCCCAAUUCCGCUGCAGAGAUAGCCCUCAGGGAACGGGAGCUUGCCUUGCGGCAGCGGGAAUUGGCCCUCAGAGAGCAAGAAAUGAGCAUGAGACGAGGGCCACGCAGGCCGCCUCCGCCCCGGUCGGUGCUCGAUGAGGAAGACGAAGAUGACUACUUUGACCCCAUGGAUAAUAUCCCCAUUCCAAACAUCGACCCGGAUAACGUUGACAUGAUGAGUAUAACGUCUCGACGGACGAAGAAGGCUCCAAGCGCUAGAGACUUCCGCAAGAACCCCGAGAUCAACGUCAACGGCGGCAGAUCUUCGUUUGGCCGAUACUUUGGAGGAAGGAAAAACCGUACCAGCGAUCGCAUCAUGCAAGAGAUCCCUGGUCUUCACGACUCCCUCAGGGACAACCCCAUGAUGGCAUAUUCGUCGAACCGCUACGGGUCUGUUGACAGGAACCAGAUGCAUCAAGGAUCUCGAGCGAACUCUCUAACCGCCAGCCGAAUGGGUGAUCUUCCGCACCCUGGAUAUCCUGGAAGCAGGCGGAAUAGCCAGUCUCCAGGGACGCCGUUUGGUGGUCCCGGCCCUCGAAUGGGCCGACCGGGCACCGCCCAAGAUGGCUUCAUCCCGCCCAAUGGUCCGAUGAACGGGCCAAUGAACGGGCCAAUGAACGGUCAUAUGAAUGGUCCUAUGAAUGGCCAUAUGCACCCUCACGGUCCUCCAAAUGGCCCGCCUAAUGGCAUGAAUGGUCAUAUGAACGGAGGCCAUCCGUCGCCACCGGGGGCCAUGCGGGCGCCCGUACCCAGGCAUCCUCCUGGGCAAGGAAAUGCUGUAGGACCGCAGCAAGUUGAACAACAUUAUGGGGUGAGCAACUCGUACUCCGCCAAGGGUACUCCCAAACAAAGAAGUCUGACCGGAAGUGCGAGCGCUAGCGCUGAGAGUGGUGAUAGCGGAGCUAGUGCCACACUCGAAUCCGAGAACUCGGCCCACAGCAGCCAGAUCAGCUUGAACGCGCAGCAAGCCGCGGCAGCGGCGCUCGUUCGCUAG